GGCUGAAGGUGAUGGGAAGCUUAGUCAGCCUUCCCGGCAGAAGCUCCUGGGGCCGGAUCGCCCCUGGGCUUCUCUGGGCCACUAAGCUAUGGCGGGCCCGGGCCCGGGCGCGGCGCUAGAGUCCCCGCGGCAGCUGCUGGGCCGCGUGCGCUUCCUGGCGGAGGCAGCGAAGAGCCUCCGCGCUGGACGGCCGUUGCCGGCGGCGCUAGCUUUCGUGCCGCGCGAGGUGCUCUACAAGCUUUACAAGGACCCGGCGGGACCGUCGCGCGUGCUGUUGCCAGUGUGGGAGGCGGAGGGCCCGGGGCUGCGUGUGGGAGCCACGGGCCCGGCCACCUGUACCGGCUCCGGGCCCCUCCGCGCCGCCCGCGACAGCAUCGAGCUCCGGCGCGGCGCCUGCGUGCGCACCACGGGCGAGGAGCUGUGCAACGGCCACGGGCUCUGGGUGAAGCUGACCAAGGAGCAGCUGGCGGAACACCUGGGCGACUGCGGGCUGGACGAAGGCUGGCUGCUGGUGUGCCGCCCGGCAGAAGGCGGGGCCCGGCUCGUACCCAUCGACACUCCAGACCACCUCCAACGGCAGCAGCAGCUCUUUGGAGUGGACUACCGCCCGGUGCUCAGAUGGGAACAGGUGGUGGACCUGACAUACUCGCAUCGCCUGGGAUCAAGGCCUCAGCCGGCCGAGGCAUACACAGAAGCUGUACAAAGGCUACUCUAUGUGCCCCCGACGUGGACCUACGAGUGCGACGAGGACCUGAUCCACUUCUUGUACGACCACCUGGGCAAGGAGGAUGAGAACCUGGGUAGCGUGAAGCAGUAUGUGGAGAGCAUAGACGUUUCCUCCUACACGGAGGAGUUCAAUGUGUCCUGCCUGACAGACAGCAAUGCGGACACCUACUGGGAGAGCGAUGGGUCCCAGUGCCAGCACUGGGUACGGCUUACCAUGAAAAAGGGCACCAUUGUGAAGAAGCUACUACUCACGGUGGAUACCACAGAUGACAACUUUAUGCCUAAGCGGGUGGUGAUCUAUGGGGGUGAAGGGGACAACCUGAAGAAGCUGAGUGAUGUGAGCAUUGACGAGACCCUGAUCGGGGAUGUCUGUGUCCUGGAGGACAUGACCGUCCACCUCCCAGUCAUCGAGAUCCGCAUCGUCGAGUGCCGAGAUGAUGGGAUUGACGUUCGUCUUCGAGGGGUCAAGAUCAAGUCUUCUAGACAGCGGGAACUAGGGCUGAAUGCAGACCUGUUCCAGCCCACCAGUCUGGUGCGAUAUCCACGCCUGGAAGGCACUGAUCCGGAAGUGCUAUACCGCAGAGCUGUUCUCCUGCAGAGAUUCAUAAAGAUCCUAGACAGCGUCCUGCACCACCUGGUACCUGCCUGGGACCACACGCUGGGUACCUUCAGUGAGAUUAAGCAAGUGAAGCAGUUCCUGCUGCUGUCACGCCAGCGGCCAGGCCUGGUGGCCCAGUGCCUGCGUGACUCAGAGAGCAGCAAGCCCAGCUUCAUGCCACGCCUAUACAUCAACCGGCGCCUCGCCAUGGAACACCGCGCCUGCCCCUUAAAGGACCCUGCCUGCAAGAAUGCUGUCUUCACCCAGGUUUAUGAAGGCCUCAAGCCCUCUGACAAGUAUGAAAAGCCCCUGGACUACAGGUGGCCCAUGCGCUAUGACCAGUGGUGGGAGUGUAAAUUCAUUGCAGAAGGCAUCAUUGACCAAGGAGGUGGUUUCCGGGAUAGCCUGGCAGACAUGUCAGAAGAACUGUGCCCUAGCUCGGCGGACACCCCUGUGCCUCUGCCCUUCUUUGUCCGAACGGCCAACCAGGGCAAUGGCACGGGUGAGGCCCGGGAUAUGUAUGUGCCCAACCCCUCCUGCCGAGACUUUGCCAAGUACGAGUGGAUCGGACAGCUGAUGGGGGCUGCCCUUCGGGGUAAGGAGUUCCUGGUCCUGGCUCUGCCUGGUUUCGUGUGGAAACAGCUCUCUGGUGAGGAGGUGAGCUGGAGCAAGGAUUUCCCAGCUGUGGACUCUGUGCUGGUAAAGCUCCUGGAAGUGAUGGAAGGAAUGGACAAGGAGACAUUUGAGUUCAAAUUUGGAAAGGAGCUAACGUUCACCACUGUGCUGAGUGACCAGCAGGUGGUGGAGCUGAUCCCUGGGGGUGCAGGCAUCGUGGUGGGAUUUGAGGACCGUUCCCGUUUCAUCCAACUGGUGCAGAAGGCACGGCUAGAGGAGAGCAAGGAGCAGGUGUCAGCCAUGCAAGCAGGUCUGCUGAAGGUGGUGCCACAGGCUGUGCUGGACUUGCUAACGUGGCAAGAGUUGGAGAAGAAGGUGUGCGGGGACCCAGAGGUCACUGUGGACGCUCUGCGCAAGCUCACCCGGUUUGAGGACUUCGAGCCAUCUGACACACGGGUGCAGUAUUUCUGGGAGGCACUGAACAACUUCACCAACGAGGACCGGAGCCGCUUCCUGCGCUUUGUCACAGGCCGCAGCCGUCUGCCAGCUCGGAUCUACAUCUACCCGGACAAGCUGGGCUAUGAGACCACAGAUGCGCUGCCUGAGUCUUCCACCUGCUCCAGCACCCUCUUCCUACCGCACUAUGCCAGUGCCAAGGUGUGUGAGGAGAAGCUCCGCUACGCUGCAUACAACUGUGUGGCCAUCGACACCGACAUGAGCCCUUGGGAGGAGUGAGUCGGCGCCAGGGGGCAGCCGCGGGCCGGCAGGACUGCUCCUGCGCAGGUCCCACUCGCCUCGCCCAGGAAGCCAGCGCACUCCGCCCUUGGGUGCGGUUGGAGUGGAGCAGUGGGUUGACACUGGUGGCCCAGCCCCCGCAGACCCUCAAGCCCUACACGUGCUCGGGUUGCUCCCAGCAUUAUUUCGCAUCUGUGAGAGGAAUCUUCCACAAGCCCAGCACAAGCUGCCAGGCCUGAGCUACUUGAAGGGGGCGUUCUAGCUCCCCACCCCGUGGACUUUGCUUCAGGUUCCAGCUCAUUUUUUUCUCUCCUUGUUCUUCUCUGGUUUCAGCCUGGACUCAAAGCUAAAAACUCAGGGGGAGAGGGGAGGAUGGAGGCUCCUCCCCGAACAAGGCUCCAGGGAUGGAUAGGGAAUGAUGGCCAUCGUCCUUGGUCACCUGAACCAAGAAUGAAGAAACUGCUGAACACCCUCUCCCUCACAUAUUGGUCUUUUCCUCCUCUCCCUCCAACCCCAAGGUGUGAGUUCUGACUUUCUUUCUCCAACUAAGUCUCAACUGACAAAGUGCCACCACCAUCCCUGGCUCAGAACAUACAUGUAUCCAAGAUUCAACAUUAAACAUACAUGUAUCCAACAUUCAUGUAUUCAACAUUAAACAUACAUGUAUUCAACAUUAAACAUACAUGUAUUCAACAUUAAAUCUAUACUACCACUGCCACCCCGUAUUCAUCACUUCUGCAUCACCUCCAGCCUGACUCCCUGUCUGCUGUCUUACCCCCAAGACUUUGCACACGCUAAGGCCAGUUAUGUCCUCUCUGAAAUCUUCAAUAGCUCCUCUUUACUCAACUCUAAAAUAAAGCCUAGACUUUAAACCUCCACCUAGGCUUUAUGCACGUCCCUGCCCCAGCCCUCCCUCCCUUAAGGGCCUCCACGACACUCCAUCAAAGAAGCUCUCUUACGUGGGAAAGUUGAAUAAAUGGAUGAAUUCAUUC